AUGAGACCGGCAGCGCACCCGCUGCCGCCAUCGAGCAGCCUCCCGCCCUUGCGGACCCUGGACCAGCUCUCCGAAGCCGACAUUACGUCCGCCCUGCAGAGUCUGUCGACAAUCUACUGCUCGUUGCCCGUCUCGGUCGCCUUCCAGCUCGCCCCCGAGACCCAGAAACUCGCUCAUCAAGGCACGGCCCUCGCCGACUCCGGUUAUGUGUCGGAAACCGACGACGACCACGAGGAGGUUGAUGGCCUCGACCAUCACAUCGCCGCCCUCAAAGUCGAUGCUUUCGAGCGCAGCUUCACCGAGCGCUGGCUGACCGGCUUCAUCGCCCGGGCCGAAACCCUCUCCUGCUUCGAGUCCCACGAGGCAUGCCAGCACGCGCUUGACCAGGCGUCAUGCGUGCUUGAGUCUUUUUUUGCGGCGCCCGGGGAUGAUAACGACCAAGACGAAAAGAACCAGGAUUACGCUCGCGAAUUCGCCUUUGAGCUCAUGCUCCCAGAUGCUGACACGCCGCAAACCAGCGUUCCGGUUGCAGUGCGACUCAACGAUAGGCUCGCCGGCACAAACUCGGCCGACCCGGACGACGUCGGUCUCCAAAGCUGGGGCGCAUCAAUCCUCCUCUCGGAAAUCAUGUGCGCUUCACCCGCUCGCUUCGGGCUGUCGCAGCCUGCACUCGGCCCCUCGCCACACAUUGUCGAACUGGGUGCAGGUACAGGACUUGUCAGCCUGAUGCUGGGAAACAUGUUGCCGCAUCUGGGCGCCGCGAGUCCGACCAUCGUCGCCACCGACUACCACCCGGCGGUGCUCGAGAACUUGCGGUCCAACGUCUCGCUCAAUUUCCCAGUGCCCGAGACGAACCGCAUCCAGACGAAAGUUCUCGACUGGUCUUCGCCGGUGCUGGAGGCGCCCUUGGAUGUUCCGGCCGACAUUGUCAUCGCGACCGACGUCAUUUACGCCCCCGAGCAUGCGAUUUGGUUGCGCGACUGCGCGACGCGCUUGUUGGCACACAACGGCGUAUUUUGGCUCCUCGUCACUGUGCGACGAAAUGGUCGCUUCAACGGCGUCAGCGACAGCGUGGAGGCUGCGUUCACGGCGAUUGACGGUCCCAGGCGGGAAGAUGGGAAGAGAUUAACAAUCAUGGAAUUCGAAGAGUUGCAAAAGCGCACCGGGGUUGGACGUGGUGACGAGAGUGGAUAUAAGCUUCUUCAGAUCCGCUGGGCAUAA